AUGGUCGUUCAGUUGUUAACAGCUCCUACAGAAAGUGUUCCGCAUCUUUUGGCAACCCCGACCCCAACAUUUUUAUUCUCUUCUCCCACGCGAACAUCAAUUUCCGUAUCUUCCCCAGAACCUCCAUUUUUGCGCUCCAGUGUCAAUGGGGUUUCCUCCUCUUCUACCUUUCUAUCUCUAUCAUCGCCACCCUCAUUGCGGGUGGACGUCCUCAACUCUAACCACAGUGCUCAACCAUCCACAAAAAUCCUUUUAUCGACCGACCUGCCGUCAUCACACAUGGAGGCCCGAUGUUCCCCGGGAGACUUACUCGGACCCCUGGGCCUCUUCGUCCAAGCACUUCUUGCCUUCCUUGCCUUUACUACCCUAAUAGCUAAAAGAUUUUGUGAGCCAAAACAUGAAAGACGUCCGUGGAGAAUAUGGUUCUAUGAUACGUCCAAACAAGCAAUUGGUGCAGCGGUUAUCCACUUUGCUAAUGUCUUCCUGGCUGGAAUGUUCCAAGGAGAUCCAUGUACAUGGUACUUUGUAAGUUUCCUGCUUGACUCCACAGUUGGUUUGUUAAUAAUUUACAUUGGACUCAAAUCAGCACAAUACCUUGCUCUCCAAAAGGGGUGGGAGAGUCUACGGUUUGGGGAAUAUGGUAACCCUCCUCAGUGUAAUGCAUGGGUGGGUCAGUGUGCCCUUUAUAUUCUUGUAAUGAUUGUCGAAAAAAUCCUGAUGACUUUAUUGGUGCAGUUUCAUUUCUGGGUGAAGGUCCGUAAAUUUAUUUUAGCUCCCGUCAAAGAUGCCAGCCUUGAAAUAGUCAUUGUAAUGUUUAUGGUCCCUUUGUUUGUGAAUGCUUUUAUAUUUUGGGUGGUGGACAACUUCUUGAAGCGACAGAUUCGCCAGACAAAAUCCUUGUCCAUCACGAGUGAUGAUGUGUCUGUAAAAUAUUUUCGCCACAACGACAGACUCAAAUAUUACAACCACAUUGAAAAGACUCAAGACUUUGAAGCUGACAUGUUACUGAUGGAUGAUGACGAGAUAAAUACCAGUUCACCUUCAGCGAUGCUAACCCCAAACUCUAACUCUGGUAGCUCAAGGCGUUUGUCAAAUUCAAGUAUAAAUCACCGUGAAAGCAGGGAAUGGUUGCUUGAUUCCCCAGGAUAG